UACUGGGCACUGAGCGGAAGUCAGGACAAGUCAGGGUUGGUUAGAGGCCCAUGGCCGGGAACUGUUUCCGCCGGUUCUGGGUUAGGUGGAUCUUGAUCGUGAUCUUUUCCGGCUGUUUCCUUCUAUCCAGUACCGACCGAGCUCCGUGUGUUUCCUACUCAUCGAAUGUAACCGAGGACGUCAAUGAACAACCAGAAACGGAAGUGACGGUUUUUCUACGAGAAGAUUGUGAUACUGAAACGAAUACUACGGAUAUUCAAGGAUACUUCGAUCGAUUUAACUUCGAUGUACGGAUCACCGUGAUACCUACUUCCUUGUCGUGCGAAAGAAAAACACGAGGUCUUGAUACCUUGUUACGUAUACUCGGACGAAGAAGAACGAAAGCCCUCGUCGCUGCUCUUGAUGCACCCAUGUGCGAAAUCACAGCUAAACUGACGCGUCUUUGGAAUGUACCCCUUUUUACAUGGACGUGCCCUUUGGCAAAUGAUGCGGAUGUCAAAGAUUUUACGUCGAUCAUCAGACUGUCGCCGUCGUUGCCUGCGAUAGCGAGGGCUCUAGCCGAGAUCCUGAUGAACUUAGAAUGGAAAAUUGUAACUGUAAUAGGAACUGAUUGCGAACCUUGGUCGAGCCUCGAUAGAUCUCUGUUAAACGCUCUUCGAAGUAUCGGAGCUGUAUUGCGAUAUCGCGUGAUAUUACCGUACCAUGCUUCCCCCGAAGAGAUUCACAGACUCCUGCGUCCAAUGCACGAUAUUUCUCGCAGAGUUACCUUGUUGUGUCUACCCACGUCGGAUGAUAAUGAAAUAACAUCUCGGGUCCUUACCGAGUUGGACGACGCACGGAAAUCGUUAAAUCUCAUGAGGAUCCCGACCACCGUGAUCGUUCACACCAAAGAGGAUGACUUCUUUUUACCAGAAAGCAACUCUUCAGUUUCUCACUCGGAUAUAACAGCAUCUAUUUCGUCCGCGAAUUUAACGUCUUCCAAUGUUUCUCUUUUCAAUCUAUCCCGUGAAACUCAAGAAGUAAAACAAGAAGAAGAAGAAAAAGAAAAAGAAGAAGAUGAAGGAGAAAGGAAAAGUCGAUAUUUACCACCGAAAAAUUUGAGUUCCGACUUCCUAAAGAAACUUCUGAUAAUAACGCCCCUCGAUCAUAGAUACGAUGUGGAAAAAGUGUACGAAGGUACUGAACGGUACGCGACCCCAUCGCUGUUCGAUCACUUGAAUGAAACUCUUACGAUAUUAAUGUACGACAACUCUACCAUAAACGCUUAUAACAAUAAAAUGUACGCGUACGUCUUAUUGGAUUGGCGUGUCGAUGCUUGGAAACCAAUAAUGAUCAGCAUGGAACAACGUAGAGAACUUGUUGUUCGGAAGUUGACUACCAAUGCCUCGGUGUUUCGCGAUGGGAACGACAUUGAGACUUUGAAAUGCGGCGCGGAACUGGAAGGUUCAAAUACCGGUGUCGAAUGUACAGAGAAUUCUUCCGAUGAAACAGCGUUUCGCAUUGCGCGUAUCAUAACUAUUAUUCUGGGAUCGCUGUUAUUGACCAUGUUCGCGAUAUUAACCACCAUCUUGAUCAGGAGAAAACUCGUUCAGAAAAGAAUGUCGAAAGGUCCGUAUAAGAUCAUUUUAACAACGUCGGAUUUCGUGUUUCCGCAAGUGCCUGGAGUAGAUUUUAGAAGGGUGGACGAAGGUAUCGAGACGAUGUUAUCUUGUUGGUUGCAACAAUUGCAAGAGUUUGGUGGCCCCGAGGUGGAGAAACCAGAUCUUCUUCAACUUGGAAGUGUGUCAUCGUUGAGGCCGUAUCUACGAGUGAGCACAGGGAAUCUGGCGCGUCAUAAUUUCUUUAAAGUGCCACGUGCUCAAUACAACGGUGAUUUGGUGCAGCUGAAAGAACUACCGACACAGGGUACGUUCGAACUGAAAAACAAGGCUAUGGACGUCGUGGUCGUGAUGCACGGAUUACGUCAUGAAAAUUUGAAUCCUCUGAUCGGAUGUCUGAACGAAUCGACAAGGCCGUGCCUCGUUUACGAACAUUGUUCGAGGGGUUCGUUGGAAGACGUAUUGGUACAGGAUGAGAUCAAGUUGGACUGGUCCUUCAGACUCUCCUUGCUUACCGAUCUUGUACGGGGUAUGAGAUAUCUUCAUGGGACACCGGUACGAGUACACGGUUAUCUUACUUCGCGUAACUGCGUGAUCGACGCUCGUUGGGUUCUCAAGGUGACCGAUUACGGACUACCCGCGUUUUACGAAGCUCAGAACAUCACACCCCCGCUGAAAACGGCUCGAGAUCUCUUGUGGACGGCGCCUGAGCUGUUAAGGCAACCGAAUCUGCAAAAGAAAGGAACGCAAGCGGGUGAUGUUUAUAGUUUUGGGAUUAUUAUGCAAGAAGUCGUGGUUCGCGGAGAACCGUUUUGCAUGCUCGCUUUGUCUCCGGACGAUAUAAUCGAAAAAGUGACGAAGCCGCCGCCGUUGAUUAGACCGUCCGUUAGUAAAGGCGCCGCACCACCAGAAGCGAUAAACAUCAUGCGUCAAUGUUGGGCGGAAGCGGCAGACAUGAGACCCGACUUUGACGAUGUUCACGAUCUUUUCAAGAAACUGAAUCACGGAAGAAAGGUGAAUUUCGUAGACACGAUGUUUCAAAUGUUGGAAAAAUAUUCGAAUAACCUGGAAGAGUUGAUACGGGAACGCACCGAGCAAUUGGACAUGGAGAAAAAGAAAACAGAGCAAUUAUUGAACCGAAUGUUACCAAGUUCGGUUGCUGAAAAAUUAAAAUUGGGAAUGCCCGUUGAUCCCGAAGAGUUUCGCGAGGUGACUAUCUAUUUUUCGGACAUCGUUGGUUUCACAACCAUUUCUGCAUACUCGACUCCGUUCCAAGUAGUCGACCUAUUGAACGAUCUGUAUACUUGUUUCGACGCAACGAUCAACGCGUACACCGUAUACAAGGUAGAAACCAUAGGAGACGCUUAUAUGGUCGUGGGUGGUUGUCCUGUCAGAAUACCCGAUCAUGCUUCUCAAAUAGCUACGAUGGCCCUCGAUUUAUUGCAUCAAAGCGGAAAGUUCAAGUUAAGACACCUACCGAACACUCAACUGAGACUCCGUAUUGGACUUCAUACCGGAUCAUGCUGCGCCGGCGUUGUUGGUUUAACGAUGCCGCGGUACUGUCUUUUCGGUGAUACAGUGAAUACCGCAUCGAGAAUGGAAUCUACUGGUGCUCCAUGGCGCAUACAUUUGAGCCAAGCGACGAAAGAUAAGUUAUCCCAGGUUGGUGGAUAUAACAUCGAGUAUCGGGGACCGACGGAGGUUAAAGGCAAAGGAAAAAUGCCUACUUACUGGUUACUAGGAAAACAAGGUUUCGAUAAAGAACUGCCAACACCGCCGUCACUCGGGGAAAACCAUGGAUUGAACGAGAGUUUAAUAUUGGAGAAUUUAACGGAAACGGAAAUGGAGGUGGAAACGGAAACGGAAACGGAAACGGAGACGAAAACUGUCAUCGUGCCGCCGAUCGACAAGUUCCCGAGCAAGGAUUCGUCUGCGUGUCAAGAGGCAACGGGAGAGACGACGGAAGCACGAAUCGAGGAAAAAGACGCGGAGCUCGCGAUACCGGUACCCGUGCACGAUGAGAAAAGUCACGGCGUAAACUGUUCGCCGAAACUAUCUACAGAUUCGUUUAGCGUAAUGAAAAAUACCUCCUCCGGUGAGGCACGUACAUCAUUGGGGGCAUCCACUGUAUAUUCCGGCGAAACAACUAUCUUGGGUGCAUCGACCACUUCCCUCACGUCAAUUUCAAGCUCAGCCGCGGCUCCUUACAGACCUGGACCGGUGAGACACCGUAGAAUAGCCGGCUACAUCGAUGAGAAUGAUUUGAGCACACCGUACAAUCACUACAGAUGUCUUUCUCCGAAUGAACAUUAUGGGAGGACAACUACAAGUUGUCGUUUCUUGAAGAGGCAAUUUAGUUUGGAUCGACCGGAUGAAGCUGUCUGCAUUGGUUUCACUGAACAGACCAAUCAUCAACAGCAACACCAACAACAAAAUCUAAAAACUAUGCCCCGGCUUUACAAGCAAAACAGCGCGGGCGCGGCAAAUGAUUUAGAGCGUAUCGAGGAAAUCCCUUCGACCCCGAAUCCUCUCCUUCAACACUACCGACAAGCAGCAUCGGUGUCGCUCUCAGUGGAAUCUCUGACACUUCGUUGAACACCUUGAAUUUAACCUGUGUUCCAUCGGUUAAACGACAAAACGCGGUUGUUCGUUUAAAACUUGGCACGGAUUGAGACAAUCGGCCGUCGCGGGCCUUUAUGAGUUAAUUGUCUAUUGAAAAAUGAAAACACAUUACAGGGAAAAGAUAAUGUUCGA